AUGGGGUUCAAGCAUGUCAUUUAUCUGGUGGUUUCAAAAGAACCUCAAUUUGAGAAGCUUCAAAAGGAGAUAUCUACAAGGUUGGGAUUGCAGCCCCCUCAUUAUGAGAAGAAUGAUAUAUUUGAGUUUUUGAAGAACAAAGACUUUUUGCUACUCUUAGAUGAUAUAUGGGAGAAAGUGGAGCUUCCUGAAAAACUUGGUAUUCCACUUGCUCAUCAUCAAAGCCAAAAUUGUGAAGAUAGAAGUCAAAGGUGCAAGCACAAGGUAAUCUUCACAACCAGAAAAGAUGAUGUGUGUGCUCGUAUGAAAGCUGACAAGAAGAUCAAAGUUGAAUGUUUGGAUGGAGAAGAAGCAUGGCAUCUUUUCAAGCAACACGCAAAUAAAGAGACCAUCAAUUCCAAUGCUGGUAUUAAAAAAAUUGCAAUGAAAGUUAUGGAGAAGUGCUUAGGCUUACCACUUGCCCUUAAAGUUAUUGGUGGAGCCAUGUCGAAUAAGAAGAAGCCUGAAGAGUGGCGUGACAUGCUCAGGUCAUUAGUUAACUUGGACAUCAAUAUCGUCACGGGUAUUGAAGAAUCAUUGUUUUGCACUUUGAAGCUCAGUUAUGAUAAUUUGGCGGAUGAUACUCUACGUCAAUGUUUCUUGUGUUGUGCUCAGUGGCCUGAAGAUAAGGAGAUUUGUGCGUUUGGUCUUAUAGAGUAUUGGAUUGGAAUUGGAUUGAUCGAUGACUUCAGAAACAUUGGAGAAGCUUUUGACAAGGGAUAUAAUCUCAUUGGAAACUUAAAUGCAACAUGUUUGGUGGAAUUGAACACUAGGCCUGAUGGUGAAGAUUAUGUCAAAGAUUAUGUCAAAUUACAUGAUGUGAUUCGUGAUAUGGCACUGUGGAUUGUCUCUGAGUGUGGCAAGAAAAAGAACAAAUGGAUUACAAUAUGUACAGAUGAUGAUGAUGAUGAUGAUCGUAGGCAAUCUACAGAGUGGGAAGUAAGUACUUGGAAGGAGACAGAACGAAUAUUUUUCAAAAUGAAUCGGAGGAAUGUAAAUUAUCUAAAUAUUAAUGAAAAAGACCUAAUUUCUGUCGCACCAACUUCUCCUCGAUAUCCUAAUCUUAAGAGUCUAUUUACUGUAUCAAUGUAUUUCACCCUUGUUCGGUCCUAUAAUAGCUUCCUAAAUAUUUUCCCUCAUAUGCCAUCUCUUAUAUACUUGAAUCUAUCUAGGGUACCUAUCUCUGAUCUUUCAAAAGAAAUUCGAGUUCUAGUCAAUCUUCGUUACCUCAAUAUUAGCUACACAUACAUUUCGUCACUUUCACCUGAAUUAGAAGAACUGAAGGAAUUAAAAUACUUCAUUUGUAGAAAAGGUAGCGAGGGCGCAAGAAUAAAGUAUGGGUUGUCUAUAUUAUCAAGGUUGCCCAAGUUGCAAGUGAUUGAUCUUUUCAGAAAUAAUUGUUUAGAAGCAGAUGAUUUGAGUUUACUGAAGAAAAAAGUUAAAGCGAUUGGUAUGCAUGUGACCUCAGUCGAGAUUCUUGGUCUUCUCAAAGAUUUGCCAACCUGGAAUAUAUGUAUGCAAGGACUGCAUCGUAUGCCUAAACUCCGUUUUUGUGACUUGAGUAACAAACAUGGUGGUGAGGGUUUGAUGCAGUUAAGAAUUGAAUUUUCUGACUUUGAGGAGUUGUUGAUAAAUGGCAGUGGGGUCAGUCUAAAGCUUCUCAAUUUGAGUUUUCUUCAAAAGCUCAAGCAAAUCACUUGGUCAGCAGAAACAUUACCUAGUGAAUGCUUCCCGAGGUUGACAUCCCUUUACAUUGCAUAUUGUCAUUCUCUGAGGAGUCUUUCGUGGGUUUUACAUCUCCCAUGCCUUAGGACAUUAAAUUUAGUAUGUUGUUUAGCAAUGAAGGAAUUGAUUGACCAUGCAGAUCAGAUGCAACAAGCUUCAUCAGGCCUUCCCACCUUUCCUAGCCUACAAUAUUUGCAGAUCCGGUUCACGCCGAACUUAGUGAGCUUGAGCACAUGUCCAUUGGAUUUCCCUGUUUUGUCUACACUUGACUUGUACCAAUGUCCAAAGCUAAAGAAACUUCCUUUCAAGUCAUCCAUUGUCAAUAAUAAAUUCAAAGAUGUGAACGUUGAGAUAGACUUGUGGAAGAGUUUGGAAUGGGAGGACACAACAAUCCAAUCUCAUCUCGCGAAGUUUCUGUAA